UACAUUUUCCUGAUUAUUCCUGUUUAAUGACUUUUACCUGUAACAGAGUAUUUUUGUAGUGUAGUAAUAGUACUUUUAAUUAGGUAAAUUUUCCGUCCCCACUGUCUUGUUUCACUAACAGCACUUUGUUGUUGGAGGACACGAGCCAAACAAACAGCUUCUCCUCAGUCUGCAGAGGUGACGCUCGGCUGCGCACCGCCCCCUAGUGACGGGAGAACUCUACGUCGUGACGUCCUGCGAUGACGUUAAUUUCAUCAUCAGCUCCAUUCCGCUGAUUUUAAAUGCUUACAAACUAAAGCCACCGGUCACCACCUGCUUCCCUCUUCCUCAGUUUGUUUCCUGCCUACUUUAUUUUCCAGCUCCAUCACUCCAAGGAAGACCAUGGCGUGUGAUCAGGGGUCACCAUCACAUUAUCCGCACUGCCCAGCUGGAUCAGCAGUGGGCAGGAAAAACGUGGAGUUGAAAAGUAAGGAGUCCAGCAAUGAGAAGGUUGAACUGACGGUGGGUGUGAAAGGCUCCAAACCCCAAAUGUCCAUCAAGCUUUCCUCGUGUUUUUGUGAGGACAGUGAAGCCUGCGUGGCUCAUCACCACAGUGAUGAUUCACUUUAUGUAAAAGUGGAGCCAUCACUGACGGACAUCGAGAGUGGAAAGAACAAAGAGACCGCUGCAGCACAAAUACAGACUCCGAGCACAAAGCCCAAGGCCAGGACGCUGGUAGCAUGCAGACAGCUGAUUGAUGCGAAGGAGGGGGCCUCUCUCAGGGACCAAUGUGAGAUCACUCACACACUGUUCACAGUCAUUCCCUCUCAAACGUUUGGGCUGGAAAUGUUUGAAUCAUACUCUCCUCUGCCGUUACUAACACUCGAAGGGGCUGUAAGAUUGACGAGCACUGACCCCAUAAGGACCUCUUCUGUUCAUGCAUCCAUUGCUGGAAAAGCUUCGCUAUGCGCUGCUCGACAGGGUGAAGCACCAGGGUUGAACAUGAAGCCGUCUAACAUCACCAGAGAGGAAAAAAAAAGCCAGUAUUACAAAGACCUUUGCCUGCAGAUAGAGGAGAGGAAGCGGCAGAUAGAAAAGGAGCGAAGUAGAAACACUGUUGACGAACGAAAGCACCAUGACACCAUGCAGCACUCCAUCUGGGGGAUGCCAGGAAGUGGUGCCCCAAACUACCACCUGGGCACAGCAAAAAGGACCAAUAGCCUUUACACCGCAGGGAUUUUACCCCAAGAGCAGAUCCGUGGUAAAGGCUUCAGUAGGACCCCUUUCCACCGCCUGUGAAAUUAACACCAUAACAUCCCCGAGCUGAGACAACUGAGAGCUCUAGAGAAGUCAGGAAAACAGUACUCUCUGACUUUUGUCUUCAAGUAAUGUUUUUUUUUUUGUAGUCAUCAAGAUAUUUGGGCUGUUUCAGCAGCAAAUUCUUAUGGUG